CGCGUGCAUCGAGCGACUUGGGGGAGAUGGGUGUUCAUAGCGGGGCACCACCGGUGGAGGGGAGGGAGAGACGACCGGAGGAGCACGGAGCCGUCGGAGCGGGCGGAGUUGAGGGUAUUCGGGGUAUGGAGGAGAAGGUAGCUGGAGUAGUGGGGGGCGUGGUGGAGGUAGAUGAUGGUGCGCAUGUCGAGAGAGAGGAGGCCAUGGCGAGCGUUGAUGAUGGUGAGCAGGUUGAGGGAGUGGAGGGCGUGCUACCAUCGGAGGUUGAGAGAGAGGACGAUGUGGUGAGGACGCAGGAGGCGACGAUGAGGGACGAUGAGAGAGAGGAGGCUGUGGCAGGGGUAGACGAGAGCGUGGCAGGGGUAGAUGAUGGUGCUGCCCAGGUUGAGAUGGAGGAGGAUGUGGUGAGGGCAGAUGCUGCUGCGUUGGUUGGGGGAGAGGAGGGUGUGGUAAGGGGGGACGUCGCCCAUGGUACAGGAGAGGGAGGCGGCGACCUUGACCCGAUCGGGUCAGGUCCUGGGGAGGAGGCGUUUGUUCAUGUACCACCGGUCAUAGUCAAGGAUUUAGGAUCUGAGGCAGUUCUUCAUACACCGGUUACUGGGCGGCGAGCUCCUCAGGAUACAAGUUGCCCAUUGGAUUUCGCGGCGCUCGCACGGGCUGCUGUGCGUGACGUGAUGCGGCGGGAGGACACCAACCCUAGCAGACCACUUAUGCCGCCUCCUCCUCCGAGAUCACAUCGCAGCGAUUCCCCCUCGACACCAGUCGAUCGGCCCCCCCGUUCACCAUCCACGCCCACCAGACCCAGGGUUCGUGACACGACGGCCGUAGGGAGCCUCCCUCUUGACACGUCGCUAUUCGGGAGGAAGGAUAUCGACCUGGACUCCAUACGUCGGGUCACAGUGCACACUGCACGACAGCAGACAGGUUUGGGUGGGGCUGACACCGGGAGGGGUGCGCCAAGGGAGGUCAUGGCGGCAGUAUCUCAGCCGCGAGAUGUUCCCAGGGUUGGACAGGCCGGGUGUACCUUGCAGGCCGCUUUGGCAGCAGCAGCACGUGCUGUACGUGAGCAGACAUCGCGUAGGAGCGGAGUCGCUUGUACGAGUUUCAUGCCUCAGAUGAUGCCUGCCACGGGGGAUGCCGCAUUGGAGGAGUCUUCUGGAGCCGAGGGGUUGGAGAUGCCACGCGGUUCUCGUCGUGAGAAGACAGUCGCAAAGGUGACUCAGGUGAGUGCUAGGCUUGUUCGGGUGAGGACGGGGGCUGCCCAUGUGACCGUGGUGGAGGACGAUCCCGAGACGGAGCCUGCACGUGAGGAGGCCCCACAGGAGGGUGACGACUACAGAGACGACGAGGAGCGUGAGGAGGAGGGGAGCAACAGCGGGGAUGAUGACAGCUACCACGAUGACGACGACGAGCCCUCCCCUCCACCGCGGCAUGGUUCUCGUAGACGACGUUGCUCUCGUAGAGGACAUGAUGACGUAGACGACCCGUCCCCUUCAGGGCGGCGGGAGACGAGGAGUCGGGGAAGGCGAGGGUCAUCCGUGGCGACAGCGCCGGGGCGAGGGAGUGUUUCAUCGACACACAACACAAGUGGGGCGCGGCAGAGAGGCAGUGCUAAGGGGAAGGGAAGUUGACAGUAUUGACAACUUCGUUCCCCUUCCAGUGCUUCCAUGACGCCUUUAUGUUGUUUGUGCUUAGUGUUC